AUGUCACUUCUUUCCUAUGCAAAACCGUUUUUUUUUUUUUUGAAGUAUUAUUUGUAAUUAGUCGGUUUAUCAUUUCCUGUAGGCUAUGAGUGAUGUGCUCUCCCCUGCCUUGUUGUGACACUUGUUUCCAGACAUUUCUUUAAAGAACCAAAAUUCCCCAGCAAAGAAGAAACAAGACAGAUCAGCUCAUAGCUCUUGUGGGAGGAAAACCCCGUUAUAUAAAGAAGAAAAAUGAUUUCAGAUUGACAUUGAGGCUCAACAGCUUUCCAAGACGGGCAUAUUUUUUGCAGUGCGGUUAAUGCUGAAGUCAUUCUCCGUCUCAUACAACAGCAGCCAAGGACAAGAGAGCAUCAGCAGAGAGAGGGAAAACAGGAGAGAGAAAGGUGCCUACUCUCGCCAUUGCGAUAAUUGUCUCGCUGUUGAAUCGAUCGUCGGUGUAAAUGCUGCUCUAACAGGAGGCGACAGGAGCGGAGAAGCGGGGGAUUUAACUUCAAACACGGACAAACCUAUGCUUGGAUUUCGGCUCUUUUUCCCUUCGCCAAUGCAAAAGGAAAUAUGCAGCGAAGCUUCACCAUCCUCUACACCAGUUUACUGGGGAUGUGCUUGGGUUCAACCUCAAGUUUUCCAAGUAACAUCAAUAUAGGAGGAUUGUUCCCAACCGAAUCGCACGAAUAUGAGGUUUUUCGGUUCGCCCUCUCUCACCACCAGGACAUCCCCAAACUGGUGCCGCAGGUGGAUAUGGUCAAGAUGGGGAAUAGCUUCUCCAUGACAUAUGCAUUUUGCUCCCAGUUCUCCAAAGGUGUGUAUGCCAUCAUUGGCUUGUAUGACAGGAAGACAGUCAACAUGCUCAUGUCCUUCUGCGGAGCGUUGCACGUCUGCUUCGUCACACCGUCCUUCCCAAUUGAGACGGCCAACCAGUUUGUCAUCCAGCUGAGGCCUGAGCUCCAGGAUGCUCUGGUGGGAGUGAUCGAACACUACGGAUGGACCAAGUUUGUCUACAUGUACAGUUCUGACUCAGGCCUGUCAGUGCUGCAGAAGGUUCUGGACACAGCAGCAGAGCGGAACUGGCUGGUGACCUCGGUUAAUGUGGAGACCAUGACGGAGGCCUCCUUCUUGAAAGUGUUCCAGGAUUUGGACAAGAGGAAGGAGGGCCAGAUUAUUAUCGAUUGUGAGACCGAGAGGCUUACUGGCAUCCUUAAAAAGAUUGUAGAACAAGGCAAGAAUGCAAAGAGCUACCACUACAUCCUGGCUAACCUGGGCUUCUUGGACAUUGACUUGACAGACCUGAGGAAAGGUGGGGCGAACAUCACUGGCUUCCAGCUUGUCAACAACUCGGACCCCAGCGUCAGCCGUGUCGUCCAGCAGUGGUUGGAGUUUGACAAUAAAGAUUCCAAAGUGCCCAAGAGUGGACUCAAAUACACAGGCGCUCUAACAUAUGACGGGGUGAAGGUCAUGUCCACGGCCUUCCAGAAUUUAAGGAGACAGAGGAUAGACAUUUCUCGCAGGGGCAACGCUGGAGAGUGUCUUGCCAACCCACCAGCUCCCUGGGGACAGGGCAUAGAUAUCCAGCGAGCCUUGCAGCAGGUCCGUAUAGAUGGAUUGACUGGUCAUAUUCAGUUCAACGAGAAAGGCCGCAGAACCAACUACACCGUUAGCGUCAUGGAACUGGCCCCAUCUGGACCAAAGAAGGUCGGCUACUGGAAUGAGGAUGAGAAGUAUGUGACCACCGCCAGCAUGAACUGCAACAUCACUCCCUACAGCCUGCAGAACCGAACUUACAUAGUUACCACUAUCUUGGAGUCUCCAUAUGUGAUGCUGAAGAAGAACCACGAGCAGUUUGUGGGGAAUGAUAAGUACGAGGGCUACAUUGUUGAGCUGGCUGCGGAGAUAGCCAAACAUGUGGGCUACCAGUACAAACUGAAGAUUGUGUCAGAUGGCAAGUAUGGAGCCCGAGAUCCUGAGACCAAGAUGUGGAACGGCAUGGUUGGAGAGCUGGUGUAUGGGAAAGCAGAUGUGGCUGUGGCUCCUCUGACCAUCACCUUGGUCCGUGAAGAAGUCAUCGACUUCUCCAAGCCCUUCAUGUCACUGGGUAUCUCCAUCAUGAUCAAGAAACCCACUAAAUCCAAACCUGGCGUGUUUUCAUUCCUGGACCCCCUCGCUUACGAGAUCUGGAUGUGCAUAGUGUUUGCCUACAUUGGCGUCAGCGUCGUCCUGUUCCUUGUCAGUCGAUUCAGCCCGUACGAGUGGCAUGCUGAGGACUACGAGGAGGGAGGUGAGCCGCAGAGUCCCACUCAAGCUUCGGCCUCUAAUGGGGUGCAGCAGGGCCAGACGGCGACACAGCAGAACACUAACCAGCAGAGUCCAGAGCAGACCAAUGAGUUUGGCAUCUUCAACUCCCUGUGGUUCUCACUGGGAGCCUUCAUGCAGCAAGGCUGUGAUAUCUCACCACGCUCUCUGUCGGGCCGCAUUGUUGGAGGCGUGUGGUGGUUCUUCACCCUCAUCAUCAUCUCAUCCUAUACUGCCAACUUGGCUGCCUUCCUGACGGUGGAGAGGAUGGUGUCUCCUAUAGAGAGUGCUGAGGAUUUGGCCAAGCAAACAGAGAUUGCCUAUGGAACACUGGACGCCGGCUCCACCAAAGAGUUUUUCAGGAGGUCUAAGAUCGCUGUGUUUGAGAAGAUGUGGUCCUACAUGAAGGCCGCCGACCCGUCCGUGUUUGUCAAGACCACAGACGAGGGUGUAAUGAGAGUCAGGAAGUCCAAGGGCAAGUAUGCCUACCUGUUGGAGUCCACGAUGAACGAGUACAUAGAGCAGAGGAAACCCUGCGACACUAUGAAGGUGGGAGGGAACCUGGACUCUAAAGGUUAUGGCAUCGCCACUCCCAAGGGCUCCCCUCUCAGAAACCCAGUAAACCUGGCAGUGUUAAAACUGAACGAGCAGGGCCUCUUGGACAAAUUGAAAAACAAGUGGUGGUACGACAAGGGAGAGUGCGGCAGCGGGGGCGGGGACUCCAAGGACAAGACAAGCGCUCUGAGCCUCAGCAAUGUGGCGGGAGUCUUCUACAUCCUGAUCGGCGGCCUGGGCCUGGCCAUGCUGGUGGCACUGGUGGAGUUCUGCUACAAGUCCAGGACCGAGUCGCGCCGAAUGAAGCAAUCCAUCAACGACGCCAUGCGCUGCUCCACCCUGACCAGGAUGAGUGGCAACGGAGCGGCGGAGAGAACGGACGAAUCCUCACCCACGAUCCCCAAGACCGUUCAGACACUGCCCUGCAUGAGCCACACCGCCAGCAUGGGACUGGGUGCCUCCGGCUGUGAUCGUCACGUGACUGUGCAGGCGGGGAGGAAUAGGCAGGGUGGGGCGGACAAGCACAAGACUCUAACGUCCUCAAAAAUCAUGGCUGUCCGGUUUGACCCAUCUAUUCUCCUGGCUGUCAACGUGCCCGACUCAAACAAGACUUAACUUACUGCCAAAAUGCACUCUCGAAUCGCUCCUUACAAACUACGAACAGAGACUCACAACAAUUUUUUUAAUAAGUGGAUGUUUGGAAAAAGAGAUAUUGGAAAAAAAAGGAAGGGAAAUGUGCUGCAAUAAAGAAGCCGUCAACGGGGCGUGUUUUUGAAUUUUUUACAGUGUUCAUUUAUGUGGGAAAAAAAAAAAAAGAACUUUAUUCUUCAGUGUGACGCCUGCGCUGUGCCAUUUCGAUGGAGCUGUUGACCUUAGUCUGCGUGUGCAAUAUCUUCACCUCCACUGCUGACCUUGUACUACCUAGAUGCUUUCUGAUGGCUGAUGGAACGUGUCUUUGCACAGAUGUGGUGAUGAGGACAAAACACUUGUGACUUCUAUGAUCAUUUGAUAUUGUUUUGGGACAUUCCCGCUCUCUUUCACUCUCACAUUUACACGCCAUUUUGGAAGGACAAAGUGCUCUGUGUAGCAUAGGCAGUUUUUAUGAUAUAGUAUAUGGUUGACACUGUUGUAUUAGCGCAAAGAGCUUUGUCAAAAGUAGUUGAUUUGAUUUUUCCUCGACUGAGGUUUAAUGCUGUUUAAAUCAGCGGAUGACCGGGCUACAACAAACAUGCAUUGCUGCUACACCUCAUUUAACACGUCAUGCCUUGUCUUUGUGCCAUAUGACCAUUCUCACAAAUGCACUCAGAUACACUUACACACUUGUUGCUACUGGGUUAUGUAUUCGGCCAACAGAUAGAUAUAUAUAUAUAAAGUUGAGAGUUUUACUAUUUAAUGAUGAAAGAGCAGAUUCCGAAAUGCUCACUUUGACCUGUGUGAGAAAGGGUUAGAGGGUAGAGAAGACACACGGACACAUUAUUCUGUGGCUAUGUACAGCACUGAGUGACCUUACACUGUAUUCUACUGUUGUGACAUUCAUAGCAUAUCCAUUGAUAUACAAGGGAAUCUAUUUGCAGCGCAUGUUAAAGAACUGAGAUUGACAAAUUCAGAUACAAUCUGGAGAAAAUGUUCCCCAAACUAUAGUUAGAGUCGUCGCUGCAUAAUUCACUCACUCCUGUGAUAUAUUUUCAGCUGUAUUCAGUUUUAAUGAAAUGGGCAGAGGAGCUAUUCACUCAAUUUAUUGAGAGUGGCAUAUCCCCUGCAGAUUGUGUAUGGCCUAUAAAAGGAAAGUUGGCCUCCUCUCUCUGUCGCUAGCUAGCUCAGGAAGGAGGCGGGAUUGGAAGACUUGGUGUGACUGACGGAUUCUGUGUUUUUUGGAAGCCAAGAUUACAUUGGUCACUUCUCUGCUCGGGUUGUAGAGUUUUCACUUUCAGAUCAUGUAAAGUAAACAAAAAUUACAGCGGCAAGCUCUGAACAGUAGAGGGCAGAGGGGACAAAGGGCAGCCUAUGUUUGACAUAUAGGCCUUCAAGGAAAAUUCCACCCAGAAACAUUUCAGUGCUGUUAACUAAAUGACUUUUGAUGAUGUACUUUGCAUUUCUGGACCCAUUCUGUUGGUUAAUAGUGUGUUUUAUAUUCUCGUGAAUGACUGACAGCAGAAAACAAAAACUUCUGUAGCUAAUGUUACGAUUUGGUAUCAAAGGACAAUUUAAAGGACAAAAUGAAAGUUUACAAAAUGAUAUAUUUUUCUUAUUGUCAACAAAUUCCAUGAAAGGACAAGACAACAUUGUGUUGUUUCAUCUUUUAAUACUUUCCGACUACACUACCCUGUAUGUGGCACUCAGCCCCAAACCCACUGAUUCCCACUGCAGACGAAAGUGUUUGAAGACAUUAAGAAACACUCUGCUUGUCUGAUAUGGUUUUCCACAAAGUUCAAUUACUUCAGUGAAAAUUCUUUAAAUUAUAUCUACUCCUCCCUGAAAAAUCCAGAAUCUGUUUCAGAACUUUAUCUGCUGGACAAAAGUUUCCCCCCGCUUCACUGAAAAGUCCAUCCUCAGUGUAUGUGCUGGUUUUACAUUUCUACAUCGCACCUGUGUUACAUAUUGGACCACAAUUGUUCUCAGAACUAGUUGUGACGUCACAAAUCAUGUUCGUAUCUGCACAUCUUAAACUCAGAUUUAAGGUGAGCACAGAGAAACUUUCCUCCUCCUGAUGAUGAAUGACAGCUGUGAAAAUGGCUCACAAAUAUAUAAUUUCAUGUUAAAAAAAAAUGCUGAGUAAUACCCUAAAACAGCUGGGCACUGUAGUUUUUGGCAAAUGUUUUUCAAACAGGCGUAAAUAAUGCAUUUGUUAGGGACUGCUUUCAGCCGCGUAUUAAUACACAUUUGGUGCACUAGUGAGAAUUUUUGACAGCAGGAUGAUGUAUGUGGGAUUUACUCAAAAUAAACAACAGUACACAUGAACACAGGACCAGUUGAUUGUUGGUUUGGGUCUAUAAUUAUAGAAAGUCACCAGGCUUGUCCUUCAAGCUCAACUGUCUUAAAGAUAGAAAUGGUCAAGCAAGGAGAGAAACCAAUAGCAGGUAUUUUCUUACAACGCGUCACAGCCAGAAGCUAUGUACCGUCCAGCAUGUUUUCCUAUUACAUACCUAUCACUUUCUCCCUUCCCAUACACUCAAAUAUUCCACUUCAGAGUACAACAAUUUCAUGUACCUGUAAUGUCACAAAUCACUCAAGAAAAUAUAGGAAAAUGAUCAAGAUGAAGCAGGUUGAGGGAAAAGUGGGUACAUCAAAAUGGCAAAUUACAGUAAUUCCUCACAACAUCGGUCCUGAAAUGCACUGAACAUCACGCGUGGUUGUUGAUAUCCAAGAGUCUAACAGUGUCCAAAGGUGUGAUUUUACUUUACGAAGGUUACUGGAAGGUUGUUUGCUAAAAAUGGGAUUUCUGCUGCUGUUGCAUGUCAGAGGUCAGCUUCAGAUUAUGUACCGCACACUCUAGCUGGCUUCUCAUUUCACACCAGAGGCCAAGCGCCUGUACAAAGGCAGCACGCAUCAUCUGCUUCCACAACACGGCGUGUAUUAUUUUUCCUCACCUUUAAUUUUCUGCUUUAAAAAAAAUUUACUACCAAAUCUAAUGUAUGCCCUCUCUUUCUCUACAUCCUCAUACAAGCAAGAAAAAUGGGCAGUCAGAGUUUACUGAAAUCACACAUAUCUCCACCUAUUAUGUAUAUAAAAGGCUUUUCUCUUGAAAAUGUGUGUUUUCCUUCCAAUCAUGCCUCAGUGUACCUGAAUUAGUUACCGCGUGAGUACUUUUCCUUUCUUCCUCCAUCGAUGCGUCUUCUUCUGCUGAUGCUGUAUUAAUUAGGACACAGCACAGCACUCUUCAGUGGAGGCUUUACCUUCAGAAAGAUGUUUUAUAUGCCAUAACAGAUUUGUAAAAAAUCAAAUAAAAUAAAAAGACACUCAAUGUUUGUAUUAUACAGGAGAGUUGGGGUGCCAGAAAGUGUUAUACACUUUGAAGAGUGUAAAAAAAUAAAACACACACACACACACACACAAACACACAAUGAUGAUGAAUAAUCUAUAGACGCUAAUGUUGUUUAAAGCCAGUUUUGAGUUUAUUUCGUUUGAUUUUGUUGCAAAUUUCAAAAAGGAUUUCCUGUUGGUGUUUUUUAAGUGCUUGAAAUUUAACAUCAUUUGAAUAUUUCUUUGUCGUUGUCCUUUUCCACAGUAUUUUACUACUGGAAUCUAAUCACAGUUUGUUCACCAGAAACAUCAUUAUUGUUGUUUUUUUUUUAACUAAGGAAAGGGUGUACAUGAGUUUUGAAAUUAAAAAAUAAUGGUUAAUAAAUGAGUUUAAAAGAGAAAAGAGAAUACAACUAUAAGGAAUCCGAUUUUUGAGAAAUAAACUUUUUUUUUCUAACCAAAGUGUCCUGGAAGGAAGUCAUCAUGCUUUUGUAACCGAAUAAAGGAAUAAACUAUG